AUGCAGAAUGUUGGACAGUCUGAAAACCGAAAUAUCGAUAAGGUGAAUGUGCAACUUGAUGUGGUAAAAUCGUCCACUCCUCAGAGUUCGGCUUCGAGUCCGGCCAAAUCUGAAACCGAAACGUAUUCAGGAGCACCUGCCAAAUACAUGACAGACUCUUCGGAAAGCGAGGAUGACUCUGUAUCUGAGGCGGAGAUGGAAGAAGAAGGUGGUGGUACAGAGUCGUCCAAGUUCCUACUUUCCCAUGACGAUCCAGAGAGAGCUGUCGACCCAGAGAUGCAGGCUCGGUUAGAAACCCUCCUUGAAGUAGCUGGUAUCGGCAAGUUGUCGGGAGAGGGCAAACACCUGGCAGACCCGGAGGUGCUACGGCGGCUGACGUCGUCAGUGUCCUGCGCCCUCGACGAGGCGGCCGCCGCCCUUACAAGAAUGCGUAGCGACCAACCGCCCGCGCAUCACCGUCACCACCAUCAGGACAAACCUACGCAAUGCGGGUCUACGGCGACGGGUACGACGCCAACCCUCGCGUUGCCGGUGGGUGCGGACGGGGCCCCGUCGUUGGCCGAGGCGUGCUCGGACGGCGACGUGGGCACCGUGAGGAAGCUGCUCACGGAGGGCCGCUCGGUCCACGAGACCACGGAGGAGGGGGAGUCCCUCCUCUCGCUCGCCUGCUCGGCGGGUUACUACGAGCUCGCGCAGGUGCUGCUCGCGAUGCACGCGAGCGUCGAAGACCGUGGUAUCAAGGGCGACUGCACACCCCUAAUGGAGGCCGCGAGCGCGGGCCACGUGGACAUCGUGCGGCUGCUGAUCGCGCACGGCGCGGACGUGAACGCCGUGUCGGGGUCCGGCAACACGCCGCUCAUGUACGCGUGCGCCGGCGGCCACGAGGAGUGCGUGCGCGCGCUGCUCGAGAACGGCGCCAAUGUCGAGGACCACAAUGAGAAUGGGCAUACGCCGCUUAUGGAGGCAGCGUCAGCGGGUCACGUGGGCGUAGCGAAGAUCCUCCUAGAGCACGGGGCGGGCAUCAACACGCACUCGAACGAGUUCAAGGAGUCUGCGCUGACGCUGGCGUGCUACAAGGGGCACCUGGACAUGGUGCGCUUCCUGCUGGCGGCGGGCGCCGACCGCGAGCACAAGACUGACGAGAUGCACACGGCGCUCAUGGAGGCCAGCAUGGACGGCCACGUGGAGGUGGCGCGUCUGCUGCUGGACUCGGGCGCGCAGGUGAACAUGCCAACGGACAGCUUCGAGUCCCCGCUGACGCUGGCGGCGUGCGGCGGCCACGUGGAGCUCGCCAUGCUGCUGCUGGAGCGCGGCGCCAACAUCGAGGAGGUCAACGACGAGGGGUACACGCCCCUCAUGGAGGCCGCCAGAGAAGGUCACGAGGAAAUGGUAGCGCUACUACUAGGGCAGGGAGCCUCGAUCAAUGCGCAGACAGAUGAGACGCAAGAGACGGCAUUGACGCUAGCCUGCUGCGGCGGAUUUCUGGAAGUGGCCGACUUUCUUAUAAAAGCGGGUGCAGAUGCGGAGUUGGGGGCCUCCACGCCCCUCAUGGAGGCCUCGCAAGAGGGACACUUGGAACUUGUUAGGUACCUGCUGGGCGCGGGCGCGGACGUGCACGCGCAGACGCAGACGGGCGACACGGCGCUGACGUACGCGUGCGAGAACGGGCACACGGACGUGGCGGACGUGCUGCUGCGCGCCGGCGCCGUGCUCGAGCACGAGAGCGAGGGCGGCCGCACGCCGCUCAUGAAGGCGUGUCGCGCCGGACAUCUGUGCACCGUGCAGUUCCUCGUGGGCAAGGGCGCCGACGUGAACCGCAUGACGGCGAACGGCGACCACACGCCGCUGUCGCUGGCGUGCGCGGGCGGCCACGCCGACGUGGUCAAGUUCCUGCUGGCGUGCGACGCCGACCCCUUCCGCAAGCUGAAGGACAACUCCAGCACGCUCAUAGAGGCGGCCAAGGGCGGGCACACCGCCGUCGUGCAGCUGCUGCUGGAUUAUCCACACUCCGUCAUGUUGCCUAGAGGUAACACAGGCACGGAAGAGAACGGUGGUCUCAGCUCAGCGCAGGCGGCCGCGCUCGGGCUCAGCCACGCGCCCGCCCCCGGCGCGCCGGCGCAGCGCGCGCUGCUGCCCGCGCACAUGGCCGGCGCGCACGCGCUGCCGCACCAGCACGUGCACGCGCACGCGCAGCACCCGCAGCACCAGCAUGUGCACGUGCACGCGCACGCCCAGCACCCGCCCCCGCCGCAGCAGCAACCGCAACCGCAACAACAGCAGCAGCUACCCCCCGCGCAGGAGAUGCCGCCCAACUUUGCGAAGGUUUAUUUGGAUGGUCGCAAGAAGCAAGGCAACGGCGCGGCGCCGGGCCCCGCGGCGCCGGCGAGCGCGCCCGCGGCGGCCAAGCAGCACAAGUGCGGCCGCAAGCCGCGCCCCGCCGCGCCCCACUCCGACCACCACCUGCCGCCGCCGCCCGACAUACUCGACGACCAUAGAGCUGAGGCCCUCGCCGGUCAACCUCGAAAUGAAUCACUGCCAGAGACUGAGAGGAAUAUGCUCGAUCUAGCUGACUCCUCCGGAGUAACCACCAUCCACCCGCCCGCCACGCCGCCCUACCCGCCGCCCCAACACUUGUUCCCCGUGCAACAGCUCGCUACCAACUUGAAUCAGCGACAGCUGCAAGAGCUACAGCAGCAACAAUGGCCGCAAAUGGCUCAGCAACAAACGCAACAACAGCAGCAGCAAAAGAAACAACAACAACAACAGCAGCAGCAACAACAGCAGCAGCAGCAACAACAGCAGCAUCAGCAACAACAAUAUAUGCAAGAUAUGCAACAGAGACCCGAAGCUUACCUGCCCCAGACAGAGGAGGGCGGGUCUGUGGAGGCGCGCGAGCUGGGCGCAGUGCUGGCGUACCUGCAGCGCGAAGUGCCGUCACUGGUCGCGCUGCCGCCCAACGAAUUGCGCUCGCUCGUCUUGCAGGUGAUGCAACAGAAAUCACACGAGAUCCUCUCAGGGAAGUGCGAGGAUGGCGGUGAGGGCGCGGGAGAGGGUGAAGGUGAGGGCGACGACGUAGAGGGCGAGGAGGGCGACGAGCGGCACGCGCGGCUGCUGCUCGCCGCCGCCGAGGAGGCGCUGUCCGCCGACUGGCCCCGCGACCACGACCUGCCCGGGAACGGGUGUCAGUACCGCGCGCGGCCGCCGUCGCCCGCGGGCGAGCUGGCGCAGCCGGCGCCGCUCGACCCGCAGCCGCACUUCGCCCUGCCGCCACCUACACUGCCAUAUGAUGAUUAUAGAUCAUCAACAUUCGGUCCAGCGGCGGGCAGUGUGGGCGUGGGCGUGAAUGCGAUGGGUGCAGUGGGCACGAUGGGCGCAGUGGGCGCGGGCACGGUGGGGCCGGUGGGCACCGCGGGCACGCCUCCCCUCGUGCCCCCGCAGUCCCUCACCCCGCCCCAACCCCACUCGAAACGAGACCAACACCACCAUGCUAAUAAUGCCGCACUCAAGAAAAAGGGUCGUUUCGGCACGUCUCGAGCGCGCGCGGACGCGUACGGGCACUCGCACGGCGCGCCGCCCGGCCACGCCGCGCCGCCGCAGCCCGCGCCCGCCGCCUACUCCGCCAUGGACGUGGACGGCGAGACCGACUCCAACCACGACACCGCGCUCACGCUCGCCUGCACCGGCGGCCACGAGGACCUGGUCGAGUUGUUGCUGUCGAGGGGCGCCGAUAUUGAACAUCGGGAUAAGAAGGGCUUCACACCCCUAAUCCUAGCGGCGACUGCGGGUCACGAGAAGAUAGUGGAGAUCCUCCUGAACCAUGGCGCGGACAUCGAGGCUCAGUCGGAGCGCACGAAGGACACGCCGCUGUCGCUGGCGUGCAGCGGCGGCCGCUACGAGGUGGUCGAGCUCAUCCUCAACCGCGGCGCCAACAAGGAGCACCGCAACGUGUCCGACUACACGCCCCUGUCCCUGGCCGCGUCGGGGGGAUAUGUCAAUAUUAUCAGGCUGUUGUUGCAUCAUCAGGCUGAAAUCAACUCCCGCACCGGUUCCAAACUCGGCAUAUCGCCGCUGAUGCUGGCCGCCAUGAACGGGCACACGGCGGCCGUGCGCCUGCUCCUCGACUGCGGCUCCGAUAUCAACGCGCAGAUCGAGACCAAUAGGAACACCGCCCUCACCCUCGCUUGCUUCCAAGGUCGUCACGAAGUAGUGAGCCUCCUGCUCGACCGCAAGGCGAACGUGGAGCACCGCGCCAAGACGGGGCUCACGCCGCUCAUGGAGGCCGCCAGCGGUGGCUAUGUGGAGGUGGGCCGCGUGCUGCUCGACAAGGGCGCGGACGUGAACGCGCCGCCCGUGCCCUCGUCCCGCGACACCGCCCUCACCAUCGCCGCUGACAAGGGACACACCAAGUUCGUCGAGCUGUUGUUGCAGAGGCGAGCGGCGGUAGAAGUGAAAAAUAAAAAAGGAAACUCCCCUCUGUGGCUGGCUGCGAAUGGCGGACACCUCGCUGUUGUGGAAAUGCUAUACGCUGCCGGCGCGGAUAUAGACUCUCAAGACAAUAGAAAGGUAUCAUGCCUCAUUGCCGCCUUCCGCAAGGGUCACACGAAAGUGGUCAAGUGGAUGGUCGGCGUCGUCACGCAAUUCCCCUCCGAUCAGGAAAUGGGCAGGUAUAUCUGCACGAUAUCUGAUAAAGAGCUGCUGGAAAAGUGCCAGGAGUGCGUCCGAGUGAUCCGUGCGGCGAAAGAGACACAAGCGGCGCGCGCCAACCAGAACGCCACCAUCCUUCUAGAGGAACUAGACGCGGAGAGAUGCCGGGAGGAGAGCCGGCGCCAGGCGGCCGCGAGACGCAGGGAGAGAAAGAAGAAGAAGAAGAUGGAGAAGAAGGAAGAGCGACGUAAACUUCAAGCGGAAAAUGAAAAAAACACAAUUUACUGCGAGAAAGCGCUCGGUGAUAUCUCGGAGGGCGGCGAGGGCGACGACGAGCCGGUCGCCCGCGAGGAGGGCGACUCCGGCAUUGAUGCCAAUUCGCAGGGUUCCUGCUCCUCCUCGGACGUGAAGGCACCUCCGGCGCAGAGUGCGAAAUGCAAGAAGAAGAAAAAAGAAGAGAAAGCCCCCGCCCCGCCGCAGCAGCCACCGCCUAAGAAACAACCCGAUAAAGUGAAACCUAAAAUAGAAACAAAGCCUGAAAAAGAACCCAGUGCUAAAAGUGAUAAGAAACAGGAGAAGGAGAACGUAGCGCCCAGCUCGCCCCCCGCCACUCCCUCCAAGCCCUCCGUGCCGGAACGACGCGCGGAGAAGAAAGAAAAAAAACCCGAGGAGGAUGCCAAGAGCAUCACAGUGCAGAACGUGAAGUACGGCAGUAACUCGCGAAAGAGUCAAGUGUUCGAGUCCAGCAGACACAAUGUGGACAAAGACGAUGACGUGACUGAUAAAAAUAAGAAGAUACACGCUAAUCAAUGGGAGGGCGACACUAAAAGCACCUCUCCGAAAAGCAACAGCGGAGGCGCUCGACGCGAGGAGGGCUGGAAAGAAGUCGUGCGCAAGUCCAGUGUACAAGCGCUCUCUACUCUUGAGCCCGGAUGCAAGAAGGUGUCGGUGGCGGCGCACGCCAUCUCGCGCGUGAUCGGUCGCGCCGGCACCAACAUCAACGCCAUCCGCUCCGCCACCGGCGCGCACAUCGAGGUCGACAAGCAGGUCAAGGGGCAGGGCGAGCGAAUCAUCACCAUCAAGGGCUCGGCGGAGGCUACGAAGCAGGCGGCGCACCUGAUCGCGGCCAUGAUCCGCGACCCCGAGGCGGACAUCGGGCAGCUGCUGCGCGCCAAGCCCGCCGCGCCGCCCGCGCCCGCGCACCACGCGCACGCCGCCAAGCCCGCGCCGCACAAGCAGCCCGUUGCCAAGCCAAGCGUACCGAUGGGCAUCGCGUCGACAAUAGUGGGCAUGAGCACGAGCCGCGGCGCCGCGGCCGGGCGUGCCGCCGCCAAGCCGCACGCCGCCGCACGCCCGCCCAUGCCGAGGCUGCACGCUCACGCAAUACAACUGCCGGAGAAGCGUACAGCGACCACAACGACGACAUCCACGGCCACCUCAUCCCUCACCACCACCUCCAGUGCCAAGACGUUGUCGUACACCGGCGCUAUAGUUGGUUCCCGCGGGCAUACCUUCGCUGCGAAACUCACUGCCACACCGCCUGUUGACACCAAGCCACGGCCUACGCCACAGGUGGUGCCGAGCAGCCCGGCGCCCGGCAACGGCGGCGCGGGCAGCGCAGGCGCCGCCUCGCCGCUCAAGGCGCGCGACUCUCCCCCCGCCAAGAUGGAGGACGAGCCCAGGCCGAUGAUGAGGCAGCAUACUGAUGUUUUGCAGCUAAGCCCUGACAAUUCAAGCACUUGGAGCAACGAAGACAUCCCAGUGAAUCCUUCUUCAGCACUCCAUAUUAAUACCACUCCUCAGAUGAACACGAGCGUGUCGUGCGCGAGCGCGUCGAGCGCGGCGAGCGCGGGCGGCGGCGGCGCGCAGGAGUACUCGCUGUUCAAGGACCUGUCGGUGGGCGCGGCCGCCGUGUGGGGCGCCGCCGAGCCGCACAACGUCGACCUCGCCACGCCGCAGGUCAGUUGUGCUGGGCACGUCCCACUGCUGGGCACCUGCCAUAGUCCACCGCGCUGGCCGAGUGCGAGUUGGCAAACUCACAUGUCUUUGGAAUACUUGGUGGACGCAAGCAAGGCGCCGGGCUACCGCGGCGGCGGCGGCGGCUGCUCGCCGUGCUCGCGCACGUCGUCGCACGGCUCCACGCCUCCGCCGCCCCCGCCGCCGCCCUACCACCCCAUGCCUAUUGGCAAUGCUGUUAAUGCAAUGGACAUGAGUGGAUUAUCUCGGAAUGGACCAAUUUAUCAAGACAACCCCAGAAAUGGACAUAACAUGAUGGUGGGCAUGUCCGGCGGUGUCUCGGGCGUGUCAGGCGUGUCGCUGGGCAUGGGCUACGUGGGCGUGGAGAGCGUGUCGCGGCUUAACCCGCGCGCGCCCGACUUUGCCCAACGCCACCCGCUGCUGCAGCAGCAGCAACAUAAACACGCUACACAGCAACUAUUCCCGGGCGGAAGCGGCGGUAAUAUUAACUCCAUGCUACCGCUGUACCCGCCCAGCGCACAGCCCAAGAUGACACUCGGACACCCCUACCAGUCGCUAAUCGACCGAGGCGUGGGCGUGGGUGUGAACUCGGUGGGUGUGGGCGUGGGCUGGGGCGAGGAGGAGGAGCGCAAGCCCCGGCCCAUCGGCACGGAGCGCGCGUGGAAGCAGCUCGCGGCGCCCGACGACUGGCUGCACGCGCACCACCACCGCACCGACCAUGAUAGAUACCAGCAAAGCGUAAGCGGUAUGGGUGUAGGCGUGGGCGUGGGCGCGGACGCGUACGGCGCAGUGGGCGCGGGUGCGACGGCCACCGCGCUGUCCAUGAUACACACGCUGCCCAUGCCCUACAUGCCGCCGCCCGACCACCACCACUGGGACCAGCCGCCGCACCACGCUGCUGAUAAACAGCAGGCCUGGAGCAAAUGGAGCCAC